CUUGCCUCGACGCCGCCGACGCGCCGCGACCUAGAACAGUGCCUUACACCACAGACGGGGAGGAGGGUAGGAACAGCGUCACAUGACGGCGCAGCCGCCGCCGCCGCGCGCGGGCCGCGCGUAGGGGUUGCCGUCGGCGUCGCCGUGGACGGUCAUGAGCGGGUCCGCGGCCUCGCGCGCGAGGACGCUUUCCUUGACGGCCGCCGCCGCCGCCGCGGCGUCGUCCUCGCGCCGCGCCGCGAGGCCCGCCAACUCAGACUCCCACAAUGUCUUGCGCGCCUCGGCUCUCGCCAGGUCGCUCGCGAGCUUCUGGCUCGCGGCGUCCGCCAUUUUUCGCUGCGCGCCGGUGGGCUAGACGCCGUCGACGAUGCCUUUUGUGGUGAGUGUUGUGCCUCGGAGGCGCGCGCGCGGCUGCCUCGCCCGCUCGCGACGAGAGCCGGUGUGGAGCGCUCCUUUUCGCCGCGCGGCGCGCGUCGGGGGCAGCCGUAUGGCAGCCCUUGCGUGCGUUUUAUGGGGCUA